GAUGAGUUGCUAUGGGCUGCUGCAUGGUUGUACAAGGCUACUAACAACCAGUACUACUUGAGCUACCUUGGCAACAAUGGUGAUUCUCUUGGUGGGACCGGUUGGGCCAUGACCGAGUUCGGAUGGGAUGUCAAGUAUGCCGGUGUUCAAACUCUUGUUGCCAAGCUUCUAAUGGGAGGCAGAGCCGGUCACUAUGCACCAGUGUUUGAGCAGUACAAGGAGAAGGCAGAGUUUUUCAUGUGUUCAUGUCUUGGAAAGGGCACUCGCAACACUCAGAAGACUCCCGGAGGCCUUAUUUUCAGGCAGAGAUGGAACAACCUGCAGUUUGUUACCAGUGCCUCUUUCCUUCUCAGUGUCUACUCCGACUAUCUCACCUCCGCCGGGAAAAACCUGAAGUGUGCUUCUGGCAGUGUCUCUCCAUCUGAGCUUCUUUCAUUUGCCAAAUCUCAGGUGGACUAUAUUCUUGGAGACAACCCAAGAGCUACAAGUUACAUGGUAGGCUAUGGAAACAACUACCCACAACAGGUCCAUCACAGAGCUUCCUCCAUUGUCUCCUUCAAGGUCAACCCUUCAUUUGUCAGUUGCCGUGGAGGCUAUGCCACAUGGUUUAGCAGGAAGGCGAGCGAUCCAAACCUCCUAACAGGUGCCCUUGUUGGUGGACCCGACGCUUAUGACAACUUUGCUGAUCAAAGAGACAACUAUGAGCAAACAGAGCCAGCUACCUACAACAAUGCUCCUCUUCUUGGCAUUUUAGCAAGACUACACGGUGGACAUAGCGGCUACAACCAGCUCCUUCCAGUGACCUUUCCAGCCCCUAAAACCCAGCCAAAGCCUGCUCCAGUAACUAGAACCACACCAUCUCAAGUUUCAUCUUCCGCACCCAUUGCCAUUGAACAAAAGAUGACAAGUUCAUGGGAUUACAAUGGCAAGACUUACUACAGAUACUCCACAACUGUGACAAACAAGUCACCCAAGACACUGAAAUUUCUCAACCUUUCAAUCUCCAAGCUCUACGGUCCUCUGUGGGGCCUGACAAAGUCAGGCAAUUCAUAUGUUUUUCCAGCAUGGCUCAACUCUCUACCAGCUGGAAAGAGCCUAGAGUUUGUUUACAUCCACUCUGCCUCUCAAGCUGAUGUCUCGGUCUCAAUCUACAAUUUGGCCUAAAAUUACGAAAAGAGGUGGCUGACAUGGGUUUUUCUUUUCUCGGGUUGUGAUGCAAGAAUUGGGAUUGUGCAGCUAUACAAGAUGCAAUUUGGAAAGGGAUUUGUUUUUUUAAGUUGUAAUUUUUCAAUUACUUGUUGAUUUGGGAUUGAGAGUAGGUUUGCCGAUGGAAUGUAGGAGGGAGAAAGGCGUGAAGAGAUGAUUAAACAGGUGUGCUCAUCCUCUUUCUCCUCCACUUCAGUAGUUGUUAGCAUUGAUAGUUUUGAGACACAGAUAGGGCAAGUGUGAAUGUUGAGAAGAAAAUCAUUUCUCAGUCAGAAAAAAAAAAAUCAAGGAGAUUUUUUUUUUAGUCCUUUAGAAACAGCUUUGAGUGCUCUCUCUCUUAUGUAAUUGUAUUUCCAAAAUUUCACAUUUGCAAUAUGAAUAUAGUUUGUGCAAUGACAAAAGAUUUCUCA